UUUAUCAACAAUGGAUAGGAUCAGGGUGGUCUUGUUUUCCUUUUUCUAAUUUAAAAUUAUUUAUCUAAAACAAUGAAUAUGAGACGAAACACGCAGCUUUUUGAUUUAUACUGGGAAGACAUAAUAGUUACUAAAAUAUUGCCUCAUCUUACAAUCAGGGAAUGUUUCAAUUUUCGUUGCGUAUCAAAAACAUGUCUACAAAUAAUAAAUAUAUAUUUUUCGAAAUUAAAAUCAUUAAAACUAAUGAAUAAAGGGUUUUCGCCGCACACUUUCGGUGUCUUCACAGCGACAUGUACGAAGUUAAAUAUAUUAAAUUUAAGCCGCUGCGUGACGGUCACAGAUGCCGAGCUAAUCCCGCUCUUUCUUCAAAACAAAGGCAUCACAAAUUUGAAUUUAUCACAGUGUAAAAACCUGUCAGCAAAAUGUUUACAGCCAGUAAUUUUGUAUUGUAAUAAUUUAAAAAUUCUGAAGCUUGGUAGAUGUACUUGGCUGACUACAGGUGCAAUGGAAGCCCUAGCAUUACAUCAGAGUAAAUUGGAAGACCUGGAUCUGUCAUAUUGUGUGUGUAUAUCUGAAAGUUGUGUAUUAAUAUGCAUAAAAAAGUUCAGACAUUUGAGGACUGUGAAUUUGGAGGGGAACAAGCAGGUGACGGAUAAAUGCCUCUAUGCUCUAGCUAAGUACAGCAAGUCAUUGAAGCAUCUCAAUUUAGGGGGAUGCAGUGAUAUCACUGACAAGGGUGUAAGGGCUCUAGCACUGCACAGUCACAAACUGGAGGGCUUGCUAUUGAGAGGCUGCAUCAAGGUGACGGAGAACACACUGAAACUGAUGAGGCAACGAGUCCACAUCGAUAGGAAACCUGUAGACCCGGUGCCAAUACCGUAUUUAGUUUUAUAAGUAAGCGGUUUUUAGCUACAAUUUCGUGUUCACUCAGUGAUGUAAGUUAUAUCCCAAGUAAGAACAAUUAAGUACCCUGUGUUGAUUAAUUACAACUAUUAUUAAAAUUAUUUAAUUAUUCUGGCCCCUGUCUGGGUAUUUUUUCCUUGAAAGAAUGUGCACGGAGUACCAUCCAAAAGAUUAAGAUUAAAUGAAUUAACAUGAAGAAACUCCUGCCUGACUUCUGUGAACCCCUGGGAACCUAAUUAAGCUUGUCUUAUGGUAAUUUCACUUAGUAAUAUUGUUCAAUCCCUUCAUCACCUCAUUUAGAAGAAGAGCUGAUGAAGAAGACGGGGAAGAGGUGAUUAUUCUUAAGUACCAGUUAGCCACAGGCACACAACUAGGCUUGUGAUUGUGAUUUACAGUUAAAAUGGUGGUUUAGGGUCUCAGCACACAUAUGGGAUCGGAAAGGGAUCGUCACCGUAUCGCCUCGAGCCGUUCAGAAUGGUUUGUAUUAAACUCCCUACUGCAACGCACACUAAUCGGAAUAAUAACGUAAUCGCCUCGCCUCGGAACAGGCUCCGAACUUGAAUUCCCGCGCUUACGGCUCAUCGUCCCCGCGCUUACGUUUCUCCGUCCCCGCGCUUACGUCUCUCCGUACCCGAGCUCACAUCUCUUCGUCCACCCUUUCCCCUUUCCCCUCCCGCGACUUGCCUGCUAAAGACGCCGCCAUUCGCAAGGAGUAUUUCAUUCGUGUUGCGCGUAUGUUUUAUUUAAAAUUUUAAGUUCGAUUCAAACACAAAAUAACGAUGCAAAGGGAGAAACUUAUUGAAGAAGUGAGAAAAUAUCCAUAUUUAUAUGACUUAAGUGAUGCUAAAUACAGCAAUACUAUAAAAAAGGACGAGGCUUGGAAACAAAUAAGUAUUACUUUAAAGCAAUCUGGUAAGUACCUACUCCUACUUAAUUAUUUAUUUAAUGUUUUUCGCGUAUGUAGGUAUGUAUGGGAAAUAAAACAGUUGUGAUUAAUAUAAUUAUAAUGAAAAAUUUAACUGGAAUAUCCAUUAAGAAUUAACAUUAAUAUUUAAAGCUAAAAGCUACUGCCAUGGAACUCGUCCGGUAGAAGUUUGAAAAUAUGUUUUGAACUUUUCACGUACAUUAAAAGCGGUAGCCAUAUGGGCACCACUAAUACUUGGUAAUUCACUUAACAAUCGGUCUUCGCCGAAUUCAACUGUAAUUUCCUGUUCUGUUCUGUUCGGUUCCUGUAAAUUCAUCUCAAUGUUAUAUGUCCUCAUCAUAUUAUGUAAAAUGCAAGUUGUUAAUACCACUUUAUCUACAAACUUUGGAUGCAAUUUAAUAUUUUUGUUGUAAAUCGCAAAUUUUUGAUAUAAAAUUCCAAAAGCGUUUUCAACAACCCUUCUAGCUCGUGAUAAGCGGUAAUUAUAUUGCCGUUCAGUAUCAGUAGGAUCUGAUAGUCUCCGUGUAUUUAAGCGAGGAUAUGGUCUUAAUAAAUAUGUCUUCAAUGGAAAUGCCUCGUCUCCCACAAAUACAUGUGGCAUUGCAUGAUUAGUUCCUGGUAAUGGUUUGUCACAUGGAAUAUUGAAUGUGUUUCUUUCAAGUGCCUUUCCAAAUGUAGAUGAUGAAUAGAUUCCGCCAUCGCUGUUUUUUCCAUAGGCUCCUACAUCAACCGCUAUGAAUCUGUAUUCAGGAUCAACUAUAGCUAACAAAACAAUAGAAAAUGUUUUUUUAUAGUUAAAAAACAACGAUCCACUAUUGGGAGGUGCAAUUAUAUUUACAUGUUUGCCGUCAAUGGCGCCUAUGCAAUUCGGAAAGUUCCAUUUAUUUUUAAAUCCUUCUUCGAUUCCUUGCCAUGUGGCUGUAGUUGGUUGAGGUAUAUGAAUUGGCAUUAAUUUAUUUAUUAUUGCAUUGCACACAUCUAUUACUAUCAAACGAAUAGUUGAUUCUCCUAAACGGAAGCUCGAUGAUAAAUUAGUAAAUGUAGAUCCAGUUAUGAAGUACCUGCAACAAUAAAUGUAUAUUUAAUAUACGUUUUAUAAUACGUCUAUAUGUUUAUGUGAAUGUGUGUGUACGUACUCCCUUUCACACAUACAUGUGUAACUACAUGCGCUUGAUAUAGUUAACCAUGAUUUAUUUUAUUUCAGAAUCUGAGUGCAAGAAAACUUGGUUAAAUCUUAGAGAGUCUCACCGACGAGCUAUGAAGAAGCGUAAAACUAAAAGUGGUCAGGCAG